CGUUUCCGUAACUGUCCUUUUACCAGCGGCACGAUAAUCGAGUAGAGUGGUAUGCGUUUUGUAUCCUGAAACUAUUGAUCAAUCGUUGAAAAAAGUUUGAGAUAUUUGCUUAAAAUAUUGUUAAUGAUGGAGGGUGCUGUUACAAUCAGGACUAGAAAGUUCAUGAGUAAUCGAUUACUAUGUCGGAAACAAAUGGUUGUGGAUGUAUUUCACCCAGGUCAUCCAUCAGUUCGAAAAACAGAAAUACGUGAAAAAUUAGCAAAAAUGUACAAAGUUACACCAGAUGUAGUUUUCGUCUUUGGUUUUCAGACUAAUUUUGGUGGUGGUAGAUCAACCGGAUUUGCACUGAUCUAUGAUACAUUAGAUUUUGCAAAAAAAUUUGAACCUAAAUACAGGUUAGCUAGGCAUGGACUAUUUGAGAAACAAAAACAGACAAGAAAACAAAGAAAAGAACGUAAAAACAGAAUGAAAAAAGUUAGGGGUACAAAGAAGAGUAAAGUGGGAGCUGCAUCUAAAAAAGGAAGGAAGUAGUCAAAUGCUCAUCAUUUGUACUACAAGCCUCAAGAGGAAACUUAAUUAUGAUGCUCAUAUAUGUAAAACCGAAAGACAUCAUGAAGACUACAAUCUGUUCAACAUUGGCUUAAAAAUUAUUAUAAUCAUUUAUUAUCAUAGAUAAUUAUAAUAAGUUUUACAGAAUAAAAGUGUAUUCUUUUUGAUGAAAAAAAA